AUGCGAGAGAUUGUACAUGUUCAGAUCGGACAAUGCGGGAAUCAAAUGGGCUCAAAGUUUUGGGAGGUGAUUUCAGAUGAGCACGGGGUGUCUAACGAAGGCAUUUACAAAGGUGAUUGUGACCUACAAUUGGAACGAAUUUGCGUUUACUUCAAUGAAGCCACAGGAGGGAAGUUUGUCCCACGUGCUAUUCUCUGCGAUCUGGAACCGGGCACCAUGGAUGCUGUCCGCUGCGGUCCAGUAGGGCACUUAUUCCGUCCAGACAAUUACAUAUUCGGUAAUACAGGCGCAGGAAACAAUUGGGCCAAGGGUCACUAUACUGAUGGCGCCGAAUUAAUCGAUAGCGUUAUAGAAAUAGUUCGCAAGGAGGCUGAGUAUUGUGAGUGCCUGCAGGGUUUCCAGGUGAUACAUGCCCUUGGUGGUGGCACUGGUGCGGGAAUGGGAACCCUCUUGAUAAGCAAAAUACGGGAAGAGUUCCCUGACAGAGUCGUUUGCAGCUUCUCCACGGUACCUUCUCCUAAGGCAAGUCUAGUUAGCAUGAGUUCAGUUUCAUAG